AUUUUAUUUGAUUUCGAUAUCUUUUUUGUGGUUCACAACUUCACAUUGCUUGCCUUUGAAUAUUGUGGUUCUCACUUCUCAGUCCCUGUCUCCGAACUCUCAACUCAGUGGCACUCAUAUUGCAGCAGUGUACUGUUCCAAAGGUUUGUGGUAGCACUUUGGAGUUGGAAAUGGCUUCCACUGUUGCAAGCUUGCUACCACCGUUGCUGGUUCAUGGUCGACAAUCACAUGCUGUGACCAUGCAUAGUUUCCCCCUUUCUCCUCCUCUUUUUGAGAGACGAAACCAUACUGCUUUUGUUGUGAAGGCUUCUGGAGAUAGUUCUGAAUCUUCUACUACUCUUACUGUUUUCAAGACGGUUCAGAAUGUUUGGGAUAAACCUGAGGACCGGUUGGGACUAAUUGGUUUAGGCUUUUCAGCUGUAGUAGCAGUUUGGGCAUCAGCAAAUUUGAUCACGGCUGUUGACAAAUUACCAAUUAUCCCUACUGCACUAGAAUUAAUUGGGAUACUGUUUACUGCGUGGUUUACAUAUCGAUAUCUCUUGUUCAAGCCCGACCGGGAAGAGCUCUUUAGAAUCCUGAACAAGUCAGUAUCAGAUAUUUUGGGCCAGUAAUUUGUGCUUCCAAAAUGUUCCUGUAGAUUGCAAUUUUAAGUGUAGAUUACGAGUUGCUGUAAAAGUUCUUCUGUUGGAGGAUUGGGUGAAAAGAUGCAGCAAGAAUUGUAGAAAGGGUCUUGUUUGUAGGGUGAAUGAUCAAUGUGUUACACAUCAAUGAAUUAAAGCUUGCAUCUAUUUGCUUAAGCUUCUUUUUCACCGGAAACACUUAAAUAGGAAGGGUGAGAUCACCUUUCUACAUAGAUCAAAUAAAUCAUGUUUUUAUCAUAAA